AGGCGUCUUUGAGGUCCUAUUUUAGACGUGGGUCUCGGGGUGGAUAAAGCCCCCCCCCCUCAUACACACACUCAAAGUUAGGCCUCAGCCCAGGGCUUGAGGGAAAGAUAGGGGCCCCGAACAUCAUCUGAGCGGUGGAGAGGAGGGGAAGAGGAAAGGUUCCCACUUUGGACAUCUGUCUGAGGGUUUCCUUCCUUCCACAGUUCACAAUGAAGAGUGCCCGCGGCAGCAGCUCUUCCUUCCAGGGUGCUAGUGCCAACAGUGUGGAUCUGAGCCUUACAGGGCUACCCAUGCAAGUGCUUCAGCGCCCUAGCAGUGCCUCUCCAGGCAAGCACAUUGCUCGCUCCAUCUCCGUCAUUACUGAAAACAAGCCCAAGAGGAAUAUCCUAGAAGAUGCAGCAAACCCUGCAUCUAGCAGAGCUAUGAACAAUUUGCGAAGAUCCAACAGCACAACUCAGGUUAACCAGCAGGUGAAUGGUGCCUUCAGCAGUGCAGAGCAGCACGGAGACUUCCUGACUUUGUUUGAUAGCAGCUCAGGUGGAAGAAAGAAACUAGCAAGUCUGAGCAAAGUCUCCCCAGAGAAGAAGACCACAUGGAACAUUCUAGAUGAGCAGCCCAGAACCUUUCCUUCUCCAUCUGGCACUCGGGAGACACAUUCAGGCAUGAAGAAGAAAGAAAUAUAUGUGCCGCUUGCAGCCAACUUCACUGCCAAUAACAGGAGUAACAAAGGUGCCAUGGGCAACUGUGUCACCACCAUGGUGCAUAACAACUACUCCACUACAGAUAAGGCUCCUGCACCCAAGAGCUCCAACCAAGCCACCACCUCCCUCAACAACAUUAUCAAAGCCACCUCUAAUGAAGACACAGAGGGCAGCAGCUACAUGAAGUCCCAGAAGAACUUUUCCAGCAGCAACAUCCUGGCUCGGAACAAUAAUACUAGCAGUAGCACGAACCCCCUCAGGAGGCAGGAAGUGUCAGAGGAGGAGGCUGAGCGGUUCAUUAACCAGGUCAAUCUGGCUGCUGUGACGAUCCAGCGCUGGUACAGACGGCACUCGCAGAGGCACAAGGAGGGCGUAGCCCAACUCGGCCGCUUGUUAGCUUCCAAAAGAGAGGAAAGGCAGCAGCAACACACAGAGGAGAGCAACAUCUUGGAUUUGCAGCGGAGGCGAGAUGAGGAGAGGAGGAAGAUUCGAGAGGAGAAGGCACGUCUUGCCAGGAAAGUAGCCAUCCAGGAGCUGCAGCAAAAACGGGCCCAAAAAGUCUUGGAUACUCAGCGCUUGGUUCAGGAGGAGCUGGCAGUGAUAAAAGGAAGCAAGAAAGCCGGAAGAAGAAAACCUGAGAAGACUGGUUCCAUGAAGAACACCAGCCCUGCUAACAGCAUCAUCAAAGCCAACAAUGCAGAUGCCAACUUCCGCUUGGCAGCUACAGAUAUGGAAGAACAUUCUGCCAUGGCAUGUCUCUCUGUCCCAGGACAAAACAAACUACUGGAAGAGCAGCCACAGGAUGUCAGCUCUGGAAAGAUGGCCAGUGACGACCGAGAGACGAUGAUCACUGCAGCCAGCAGGGCACAGUCCAAGGUGACCCUGAAUGAGCUACUGGACACUCUAAAGCUGUUGGAAGAGGAGCCAGAGCUGCUGCCACAACCAAAGGCCUGCAAGGAAGAUAAAUAUGCUUGGAUAGAUGGGGAGGCCGACUCAAAUUCCCUGACUGCUGACAACCUGGAGAAGUUUGGGAAACUUAACUGCUCUCCGGGAGCCCCUGAGGAAGGCACGCUACUCUCGGAAGCGAAACUUCAGAGCAUCAUUAGCUUCUUGGAUGAAAUGGAGAAAUCUGAGCAGGAGCGACCGAGGUCUGCUGCCUCUGCUUCACGAGAGGGGCUCUUGUCAGAAGAAGAGCUAGCCCACCUGGAGCAGGCCUCAGCAGUUGCCACAGAGGUCACCAGCUCCAUCAUGCGGCUGAAGCUGGAGGUGGAAGAGAAGAAGAGAGCCAUCACGUUACUACAGACAGCACUGGCUCAGCAACGGGAGCUGACGGUGCGGCAUGUCAAAGAGACAGAGAAGGAGCUCAGCCGCCAGCUGGCAUUGCAGAGGGAGCAGUACGAGGCAGCUAUCCAACGGCACCUAGCCUUCAUUGAUCAGCUCAUUGAUGAUAAGAAGGUUCUGAGUGAGAAAUGUGAAGCUGUGGUGGCUGAAUUGAAGCAAGUGGAUCAGAAAUACACAAAGAAAAUUGACCAGAUGCAGGAGCAGCAUGAACUGGUCUGGCGCACUCUGGGCCCCCUCUGUGAGGAAAUAAAGAAGUUGAAGGAGCUGAUGAGUGCCACAGAAAAGAUCCGCCGGGAGAAAUGGAUUGAUGAGAAAACCAAGAAGAUCAAAGAGAUCACUGUUAAAGGUCUGGAGCCUGAGAUCCAGAAACUCAUUGCUAAACACAAGCUGGAAAUCAAAAAGCUGAAAGCGCUGCAUGAGGCGGAGCUGCUGCAGUCAGAUGAGCGGGCUGCCCAGCGCUACGUCCGCCAGGCGGAGGAGCUGAGGGAGAUGCUGGAGCACGAGAAGGAAGAGCAGGGGCAACGAGAGAGAGAACUGGCGAGGCAACGGUAUGAGAAGCAGCUGGAGCAGGAGGAACAGGCUCUGCAGCAGCAGCGGCGCCGGCUGCACAAUGAGGUGGCUGAGGAGAAAGAGAGACUCAAUCAGCAGGCGGCCAGGCAGAGGGCUGAGCUGGAGGACCUGCGGCGGCAACUGGAAGAGAACAGCUGUGUUGUCACCAAAGCUUUGAAGGAGGAGUACGAGAAAGGGAAGGAGGAGCAGGAGCGGCGCCAUCAGGCAGAAGUGCAGGCCCUGAAAGUGCGUCUAGAGAUAGAAAAGCAGGCCUGGGAGGCCAACUACUUAAAGAAGGAGGAGGCCUGGCUCCACACACGGGAGCGAGAAUUGAGAGAAGAAGUGCGGAAAGAGAGGGACAAGGAGAUCGAAUUGGUCAUCCAGCGGCUAGAAGCUGACAUGUCCUCUGCCAAGGAGGAGUGUGAGAGAGCCACAGAGAACAGAGUAAAGAGGGUGCGGGAUAAAUAUGAAGCAGAGCUGCAGGAACUGGAGCGGUCAGAACGCAAGCUCCAAGGGCGCUGCAAUGAACUGAAGGGCCGGCUGUCGGAGGCGGAGGGCCAGGCGCUUCACCUGCAGGGGCUGCUGCGGCAGAAGGAGCAGGAGGCAGAGGAUAUCCGAAAGGUGAGGGACCAACUAGCUCAAGAACGCAGCAGCCUUUCUGAAGUAAUCCGGCAGGAGUUUGCGGACCGGCUAGUGAGCACAGAGGAGGAGAACAAGCGGCUCAAGGCAGAGAUGGCUGAACUUCGUGCCCGCCAACGCUUGGAACUGGACAGAGUGACACGGGACAAAGAGCAGGAGCUGGAGGAAGUGCAUAAAAGAGUGAAGACAGCAAUUGUGAAGAAAGAGGAGGCCGUGAACAGCCUUCGGAAGCAGUAUGAGGCUGCCAUGAAGAGGGCAGAUCACCUGGAGGCCCUCUUGGAGCAACAGCGUAAGCAGCUCCUAGCAGCCAAGUAGCCGCUGUGCAGACACCAGUAGCCCGGGCAAGGGCAGAGCCAAGUGAUCGUGCUCAACAAAAGCUUGUUGUGGUCCACAGAGACUAAGAUAAAAUGAACACUAAUCUGUAUGUGAGUGGGGAGAGAUUCUUUCCCUCCCUCGUUUUUAUUUUUUUAUUUUUUAACUUGUUCUCUUACUUAUGCCUGAGAUCUGACCUCUUUCUUGUACAAGGAACCUGGGUGAUAUUCCAGUUCUUGCCAAUGUAUUUUAACAGUAAAAUCCAGCUGAUUUGUAAGAUGGCUGUCUAGCAAUGAUUUUCUCCCUUUGAGGACCACACUCUGUUCUCUGGUGAAGUGAGUCACUCCAGCUCAAAAGGUGCCUGUCAGCUGGUUCUUGACCCUGCAUUGUUCACCCUUGAUUUGCCUGGACUUGCCAGGUGCCACUACAUUAAAACCCUGAUGAUCUUUAGUCCACAAUUAUUAUUUUUUAAUAUUUUGGUACAAACCCUGACAUCUGGCAAACCCCACCACACCCGUGGAUCAUAAUGUAUGUGUGUCCUCUUUGCACCCUAUAAAAGAGGAACAAGUAUCUCAUAAGGACAAUGAGCUUAUGAUCUUCUCCCAUUGUCUUAGACCUCCUCCUCAAAAAAAAUUCCUUUGGAAUACCCACUGUAUGGGACAGGGAUGGGGAGAUGCUCAUCAGAAUAUAUAAGACUGGGAUAAAAUUAUCUUUUCAAGUCAAA